UCCAUCGAUACCGCACUCCACACCUUUGACAACAUCCAUCGUGGCCUUGAAUGGAAUUGUCACUUGAGAAGGCCUCUAACACGUGAGCUCUCGCAACAGCCACGGCUGCGCAGCGCCAUUGCCCUGUAAAACCACCGUGAAAUGCCGACCAUCGCCAGUAUGCGGGGAAUCCGACAGGGCCGAGGACCUUGACCCUAGUCCUACGAGUGAGCCGCUGCAGCUACAAAAUGUAGAACGCGUCUCUAGAAUUACCGCGCUGGAAAGAAUUGAAUUCGCGAUUGUUCGAUAUGGCUUCAGCUGGUCCCAAAUCUGCUGGCGGCAUCGUGCCGACGAGGCUGCGGCAGGUCGCCUUCGUGACGGAUGAUCUGGCGAAGGCGAAGAGGCUGUUGACUUCUAUUCUUGGGACGGAAAUCGUCUACGAAGAUCCCAGGGUUGGAGCAUUUGGGUUGGCGAAUUUCUUGGUUGCCAUUGGAGGAGACAUCAUCGAAGUUGUUGCGCCAACCACGACGUUGAGAGCGAGCACGACUGCAGGGCGAUUACUCAAGAAAAGGGGCGAGGGUGGAUACAUGAUCAUAAUGCAGAAUGAGGACGCAGCAGCCAGGCGAGAAUAUAUCACAUCGAAUAAGCUCGGAAAGGUGAUACUCAACGACGAGCAUGAUGAUGUUGUUACCGUCCAGUAUCACCCGAGUGGCAUGAAGGGCGGCAUAAUACCCGAACUCGACUCUCAUCGCCCUUCGAAAGAUAACCCAAAGCCAUUGACCUCCCCCUUCUCGCCCUGGCACGCCUGUGGCCCAGAUUACAAAGCCUAUUCAGCCAUCAUGAAGCGAAAUACACACAUACAGUUGGGCGGUCUGGUUUGCCGUCUGGCACCCGGAGACGUUCGCCACGAAGAGGCGCCGAGGCAAUGGGAGGAUAUGUUUGGCGUUGCGCGAAGCCGCGACCUGCUAGCUUUUACGAACGCCCGACUGGGCUUCAUGCGCGGCGAGGAAGGGAAGCCGGAGGGAAUAGUAUCUAUUUCCAUUGGUGUUACAGGUCAAGAUACACUUCAGGGAAUACUCGACCGGGCUAGCAAAGAGGGGCUCCUCGAGGAUGGCUGGGUAAAUCUGCUAGGGGUCAAGUGGUCUUUUUAUUUGGCUUCAUUCGGGAACGCAAAGACUAAAUUAUAGACCAAACGCGCGUGAAAGAGGUUGAAUAUCAUCAUUACAGGCAUCGUUCGACUUC